ACAGGUUAAUUUUGUUGGUAAGAAGACACGAAUCAAAAUGGAGGAAACAAAGAAGAGGAAAGAGCCUUCCAAGUCGGAAAUCGUCAAGCUGAAAAGCAUAGAAGGAGAAAUUAUCGAAAUGGAUAUCGAUGCUGCAAAGUAUUGCAAAACCCUAAACGAGAUGAUAGACAGUUUGGGAUUAGGCGAGGAAGACGACGAACCCGUGCCCGUUCCCAUUAACACUGCAACGUUAAACAAGGUUAUGGAGUGGGUAACAUUUCACAAGGAAGACCCACCAACUCCGGAGAAGCUAGAGAAGGUUGGACCGAAAAAAUCGGACGACAUUUGCAAAUGGGAUGCAAAUUUCGUAUCGCAAAUCGACCCCGUCAUAUUCUUUGACAUGGUGAUGGCGGCAAAUUAUCUGAAUAUUAAGGAUCUUAGCGAGGUGCUACUCAAAGCUCUCGCAAACAAUUUAAAGACUAAAAACCCUGCCCAAAUUCGAGAAGAAUUCAAUAUACAAAACGAUAUAGGGGCCAGUGACGCUAAGAAGUUUAAUGAAGAAACUGCAUGGUUUUUCAAUUCUUAAAUUCAUUCCAAAUUAUUUUUUUACUUAAUUGUAUUAAGUUAAUUUUUACUAUGUUUUAAUUAUAAUUAAACAAAAUAUUUUUAAUAUGUUCUAAUUUAAUAAAAUAUUUUUCAA